AUGACCAAUCCAGUCCAUUCCCUUAUCGCCCUUAUCCCUCUCGCCCCCUCCCUCCCGCUCGUUGCCCACCACGUCCCCUCCAUGUCGUCGUCGUCGUCGUCGUCAUCGUCUUUGUCCGCUCGUCGUCGUCGUCGUCGUCAUCGUCGUCUCCGACGUCACCCGUCUCGACCACCGGCAUUAGCCGACUCGAUCUCGAUCACGGGACUAGCCCGGGGAACCCACCAAGCUCUCCCUCCACCCAUAUCGGAGGCAACAACCCCCACUCGUAGACGCCACUUGGCCAUUAAAGUGACUUUUCGCAUGUUCCCACGUGUAAACGUCGCCCACAGUCAUACGGCAUACGAGUGCAUGCGACAUUCAAAGCACUCAACAUGA